GCCCAAAAAAAGUCCGUUAAGAUUAUAUAACUGAACAGUGGGCCUCGUCUGGAACUUCAUCUUUUCAAAGGGGCCGAUCGGUGCCGUCCAGGUGGCUCACGAUUAAUCGCCCGCCGGAUGGGGGCUGCCCCGAGCGUGUCCGCCGGGGGGUGCGGCGCCGAUAAAGUGGUUUGGAAGGAUGCUGGCCCCACCACCUGACACUCCCGGCCGCCGCUGCCAUCUGGUGCCUUUUAAAAAGCUCCGUGAUCGGUCCUGUAAUUUGGGCGACGCACGCCAGGGUUCGGUUAAAAUGAUGGUCGUGUGGUUAUCGUUUGGCGUCCUGGCGCCUUAACGGGGGAAAGUGUGAGGGAGAGAGACUGCGCGUGGAGCGGGACGAACAGGCUGGCCUUGCGGGCCGGGUAGCCUGGGAGCCUCUUUCUGGACUUAGGUGGAGGAAGCGUGUGUUUACGCCGUUGGGUUUGUUGUGGCCAACUUGGGUCACCCUAAAUGCGAUGAUUAGGAAUACGCAGCUGUUAAAAGCCAGCAUUGGACCCUUAGGCGUUCAUGUGGUUGGUGAUGAACGUGAAGUAGGCGUUCAACCCUUGUUUAAGUGCUCAGGAAAUGUGCCGAUUACCACUUCUAGACCUUUAGAAGUAGCAGCAGACUUUAAAACGGACACUUCCCGAAAUUAAGAGUUUGCUCUCCAAAGCUCGAGGAAUCGAUUCCAGCUCUGUUAAAAUCAGAAGUGGUUCUCUGUUCAUGGAUACAGAAAAAUCAGGAAAAAGAGAAUUUGACAUUCGGCAGACUCCUCAAGUGAAUAUUAAUCCUUUUACUCCAGAUUCUUUGUUACUUCAUUCCUCAGGACAGUGUCGUAGAAGAAAGAGAACAUACUGGAAUGAUUCCUGUGGUGAAGACAUGGAAGCCAGUGAUUAUGAGUUUGAAGAUGAAACAAGACCUGCUAAAAGAAUUACAAUUACUGAAAGCAAUAUGAAGUCACGGUAUACAACAGAAUUUCAUGAGCUAGAGAAAAUUGGCUCUGGAGAAUUUGGUUCUGUGUUUAAAUGUGUGAAGAGGCUGGAUGGGUGCAUUUAUGCCAUUAAGCGAUCAAAAAAGCCAUUGGCCGGCUCUGUUGAUGAGCAGAACGCUUUGAGAGAAGUAUAUGCUCAUGCAGUACUUGGACAACAUUCUCAUGUAGUUCGAUAUUUCUCUGCAUGGGCAGAAGAUGAUCAUAUGCUUAUACAGAAUGAGUAUUGUAAUGGUGGAAGUUUGGCUGAUGCCAUAAGUAUAAACUAUGGAAGCAUGCGUUACUUUAUAGAAGCAGAGCUGAAGGAUCUCCUUUUGCAAGUUGGCCGGGGCUUGAGGUAUAUUCAUUCAAUGUCUUUGGUUCACAUGGAUAUAAAGCCUAGUAAUAUUUUCAUAUCUCGAACCUCAAUCCCAAAUGCUGCCUCUGAAGAUGGAGAUGAAGAUGAAUGGAUAUCUAACAAAGUUAUCUUUAAAAUAGGUGAUCUUGGGCACGUAACAAGAAUCUCUAGUCCACAAGUUGAAGAGGGUGAUAGUCGUUUUCUUGCAAAUGAAGUUUUACAGGAGAACUAUUCCCAUCUACCAAAAGCAGAUAUUUUUGCCCUUGCCCUCACAGUGGUAUGUGCUGCUGGUGCUGAACCCCUCCCCAGAAAUGGAGACCAGUGGCAUGAAAUCAGACAGGGUAGAUUACCACGGAUUCCACAAGUGCUUUCCCAAGAAUUUACAGAAUUGCUAAAAGUUAUGAUUCAUCCAGAUCCAGAGAGAAGACCUUCAGCAGCGGCACUGGUAAAGCAUUCAAUAUUGCUGUCUGCUUCUAGAAAAAGCGCAGAACAAUUACGAAUAGAAUUGAAUGCAGAAAAGUUCAAAAAUUCACUUUUGCAGAAAGAACUCAAGAAAGCCCAGAUGGCAAAAGCUGCAGCUGAGGAAAGAGCACUCUUCACUGACCGGAUGGCCACUAGGUCCACCACCCAGAGUAAUAGAACAUCUCGACUUAUUGGAAAGAAAAUGAAUCGCUCUGUCAGCCUUACCAUAUACUGAACUACGUAUUUCCCACCUCCCUAAAAAAACUGUGAUAAGAGGAAGUUAAAGCUAGGUUGAAAUCACUGCUAAAAUCCAGUUUGCAAUUACUUAAAAUCGGUGUCAGUAGUUUUACUGAAAUACUUUUUAGGACUUUUAUUUGUGAAUUACAGUUAAAAGCUGUAUUUUGACCAGUGCUCUAUCAGGCUUUCAUUUAGUUUAUCAGUUUGUCUUCUCUAGGAUGUCAGUCACUGUUGGAUGUUGCAUCAGCCUUUUCAGGGUGAACCACUGUGGUGGUGUGCUGCUGAUAGUUUGCUGUUCCAUUGUGAUAAAAGGUAUCCUUCCCUGUAGUGACUUGUAAAAAAGGACCAAGGGCUUUAUUACAAACAUUCUCCCUUCGAAAAGGGAAAUAGAGAAUCAGUUACUACUCAGCCUUCAGUGUACCUGUGUGUCAGUCUUAUAUUUCUUUUUUGUUUUUUAAUUGUGAAUUAUAUUUGUAUAUCCAACUGGGAGCACUUUUGGGCACUGUAUGAACCAUGGAAUAAUUCUGUGGAAGUAUUGCCUUGUGAAUUUGCUGCUAUUUUAGUUUUGUCUUUGCUGUAAAAUUGUAGCAUUAAACAAUCAUUGUUAACAGGCUUUCUUUUGAAAACAAUUAUGUGAAAUACAUAGCUGCUCUUGAUGAAAAGCAGCUUAUUUGCCUUUUUUCCCCUUUGAACUUUGAAGCUAGUGCAUUGGAGAAAUGCACCCUUUCCCCCCAUAAUGCUGUAUUAAUGUAGUAUAAUUCUUGCUGGUUUUGUAAUUUUUCCUGAUAAUGCCCUUCCCUGAAUUUUUAAAAAUCUUCUCGCCACCCAAGUUUUGUACUUGAUUGUAUUGUUAGUCUGUUUUUAACUGUUCUGCCUAGUUUCUCUUCAAUAUUGGUGUAUAUAAACUAAUCUUGGUGAUACUGUACAUAGCUGUUUGAAAUGCCAGAAUGACUUCUGACUAUUCCAAGCUUUUCAUAAAAUAUAUUUUAUCUGUGAUUAGCCACUUGACUAAUAGUACUGGCUAACAGAUAAUUGAAAAAAAUUUGUUUAUUGUUUAUUUUUCCUAUUGAUUUUGGUUUAAGACUUGUUUGCACUUGUCUGUUUGACUUGUGUAUUAUUAACAUUGUUUGGCAUAUUAAAAGUCACUCUGAGCUUACCUUAAUUGUCUAAA